UGUGUUUUGAUAAUGAAAUUAACUAGUACUACUAAACUCAUUAACAAGCUGCCCCAAACACCCCUUAUAUAAUCUUUGUCCAUCCUUCAUUAUCUAACUGUCUCCCAUCCAUUUUGGUACCCCCCCUGCAGAAACUGAGCUCAAGAAUUUAUUUUCAUGGUGAUUCAAGAGAUUGUGGAAGUUGAAAGUGUCUGCAACUGAGAGUUUCACCUAAUUUUUCGAACAAGCAUCUUGAAAGAAAAACCAGCCAUGUCAAAUGUGUGGUAUUACCAAUCAAUGCAAGAAUCUGAGGUUCUUUGUAAGCCCCAGUUCCAAAUGUUUGAUAGUAUUAGCCAUGGAAGCGAUUUGUUCAUCAAACCUGAACCAUAUUGCACCCUUGAUUCCUCCUCGGCUACUGGUAGUUAUACCAUUGACUCGCCAGUAACCGAGUCUUGUGUGACUGAUGACUUGAAUGAAUUUAGACAGAAGUUAAGGCAAUUGGAGACAGUAAUGCUUUCGGAUUUCUAUGAUGAGUCCGAUAAUGGGAAGUUCUUGGUUGGCAAUGGCGUUCUUGACCUUCCUGGUAUAGAACUAUGGAAAGAAAUGGUGGAGGGUGUUCCAAAACGUGACUUGAAAGAGGUUCUCAUUGCGUGCGCAAAUGCAGUUUCUGAAAAUGAUUUCUCGACUGCCCAGUUACUCAUUUCGGAACUGCAGCAGCUGGUGUCAGUUUCUGGAGAGCCAAUCCAGCGGCUAGGGGCUUACAUGUUAGAAGGGCUGGUAGCCAGGCUCUCAUAUUCCGGAAGUUUGAUAUGCAAAGAGCCUGCAAGCCACGAGCUUUUAUCUUACACAAACAAUUUGUAUGAGGUUUGCCCAUAUUUUAAGUUUGGUUACAUGUCAGCAAACGGGGCAAUCGCCGAGGCUAUGAAGGAUGAAAACCAAGUACACAUAAUUGACUUCCAGAUUUGUCAAGGAAGUCAAUGGGUCCCCUUGAUCCAGGCGUUUGCAGCCCGGCGUGGAGGACCGCCCCACAUCCGGAUAACAGGUUUUGACGACUCCACAUCAGCACAUGCCCGUGGAGGUGGGUUGCACAUUGUAGGUCAGCGACUCUGCAGGCUCGCAAAAUCUUUCAACGUGCCAUUUGAGUUCCAUUCUGCAUUGGUUCCCAUUUCUGAAGCUGAAAUCCAACAUUUCCAAAUUCGCCCUGGGGAAGCCUUGGCGGUUAACUUUGCCUUUGUGUUGCACCAUAUGCCAGACGAGAGUGUGAGCACUGAAAACCAUCGGGAUCGGAUAUUAAGGCUUGUGAAGAGUAUGAAACCGAAAGUUGUAACCUUGGUUGAGAAAGAGUCGAACACAAACACAGCUGCAUUCUAUCCUCGGUUUCUUGAAGCUCUUGAUUACUACACAGCAAUGUUUGAAUCAAUGGAUGCGAGUCUUCCACGUCAGCACAGGGACAGGAUAAGUGUUGAACAACAUUGCUUAGCAAAAGCCGUUGUGAAUAUAAUAGCGUGUGAAGGGAAUGAGAGGGUGGAAAGGCACGAGCUUCUCGGGAAGUGGAAAUUACGCUUUAUGAUGGCAGGGUUUAGCCCAUACCCUUUGAGUUCAUUAGUCAAUGGGACGAUAAAAACGCUGAUGAAGAAGUAUAGUGAGAGGUAUAGGCUUGAAGAAAGGGAUGGAGCUCUGUAUCUAGGUUGGAUGAAUAGAGAUUUGGUUGCUUCCUGUGCUUGGAAAUGAACAAAACAGUUCAAACUGUAUGCUUCUGAUGUAACCGAAACUAUCUCUGUAUGAACAGAAGUGAUCACGUCUUGAUCUUUGUUUGAGCGUCAUUCCAAGAAUCUAAAAUAGGGUUAAAAUUUCAUUCUUGUUGAUAAACGUUGACCUUACAUCGGUUCCAAUCUAAGUGAAAAACGUUCGGAAGUGUUUGUGGUUCUA